GAAAACUGAGAUUAUAAACAUUUUACCGUAGCAUUGUAACAAACAUAUUCGAGAUUAUAAACCGAAAGCGUUGUAACGUGGGAGGGAAGCAAAGCAAAAGAAAAUGGGAAGCAAAGGAAAAUUGUUGUGGGUAUUAUUGGGCACAUGCAUGUGUGUUAUUGUAGCUGCAGAAGAAUUGCGAGGCAAAGAGCUAAUCAAGGAUGUCUGCAAGACAAGGGGAAACUGUGAACUGUGCUUGAAGGUGCUUUCCUCGGACCCAGGCAGCCCAGAAGCCAGCCUAACGGACCUGGCAAUAAUAACGCUCCAGGCCGCGGCGGAAAACGCCAGCUGCAUAUUAGUGGAUGCGAAGAGCAUGAUCGAUGACCCGAGCUUGGAACCGGCAAUACAACAGGGGCUGGCUGAUUGCAAGGAGAAUCUGUUGGAUGCAGAAAUGCAAAUUCAAGACACUAUUGCUUCCGUUUUGUCCAACGAUGGGAGAGAUGCCCUAUUGUGGAUGAAGGCAGCCCUAGCUGCAAUCGACACAUGUGACGCUUCCAUCCCCGGGGACGAUGAUAUUCUCUCCAGAAGGAGUGUAACCUUUCGCCAACUCUGUAACAUUGCCGUCGCCAUCAACAAGAGAAUGAUGGGAGUUGAAUCCUAG